GAGGCACCGGCGGAUUUUUAGGAGACGAGCUGGCAACUUCCCAUCGGACACUUCGAUCAAAGAGUCCCACCUGCGUACUGUACGUAGAUAUAUACACGUGCGCGCGUGCGUUCGGAUCUCAAUCGUAGAUGAGAAUUUAACUUUGCCUACGCCGCCAUGAGCAGCCUGCCGGAAGAGAUGCACCUUGAGAUCCUCAAGCGCCUGCCGCCGCAUCCACCAGUGGUGCUCGCCCGCGCCUCCGCCGUAUGCAAGGCGUGGCGCCGGGCACUCAAGGACCCUGGCUUCCUCCGUGAUCUAUACCGCACACAUCGUGGGCGGCCCAUCACCAUUGGCUUCUUCCAUAAUUCCAGCAGCCCCCUCCCGCGCGGGUUCGUGCCGGCGGGCGACCAUGUCCCCGUGAGUUUCUCCUUGGAGUCCAUCGAUCGGUUGCCUACCUGCCGGUUCGUGGACUGCCGCCACGACCGUGUGCUCCUCCACGACGGAUGGCGCCGGUUCCUGGUGUGGCACCCUGUGACCGGCGAGGGCCACUGCGUUCUAAUGGGAGAGCUCGAGGCGCAAGGGAUGCCCAGCGGAGAUAGACACGCUAGCGCGGCUCUCAUAUGUGAAUGCCGCGACGGUGAGGCCGACCGACGCGCCGUGCGCAGUUCGAGCCCUUUCCGUGUUGCCGUGGUGUUCAACCACCGCAACUGGCGUCACAUAGUUGGCAUCGUCUACUCCUCGCUCACAGGUCAGUGGACCCCAUCGACGAGGUUGAAGUUCACAUGUGAAUUUUGCCGAGAACCUUGCGCCGUCAUAGGAAGCACCUUGUACCAGCCGAUCUAUGAAUCUCUAGUUCUGGCUUUCGAUACAGACCAACGGAGCCUGACCACGUUCAGGCGGCCGACCACGCCCAACGGCGCCAAUAUCCGUCUCCUUAAGAUCAAUGAUGGCAUGCUCGGCGUCAUCGGGGUGCAGGGUUCCUAUCUAGAUUUGUGGGCGUGGGAUGGCGACAGUUGGGUUUCCCGCAUGACAAUUGAUCUGACCGACGAUCCUCCAGGUUUGCCCACAAUGUCAGAGUCUCAUUAUUCUAUGUUUAUGACGCCGACAAAGAUCAUCGGAGUCGCUGAGGAGGGCGAUAUGCUGUUCCUUCGGACCGUGAUGGGUAUAUUCAUGUUCUUCCUCGAAUCCAUGGAGCUAAAGAAGGUGCACGAGUCCGGUCACUGGAUGGAGACAGUUUAUCCUUACGCUCCCUUUUAUCUCUCCGCUACUCAGGCUUAAUUACGUUGUACUAUUUCGAGGGAGGUUUCGGCCAGGGCAACGGUGCAUUAAUAAUUACAACAGGUGCAACAUGUCUAUUUUUUGAAGGAACAUUGUCUGCUCUUUGCAAGCAUCAGAAUGCAUACGUUUAUUUUCAUAGUGAGGAAGCACAGAUUAUUCAUGUUGUACUAUAUUGAUUCUUCAUUCUAGAGAAUCUAUUUAUUCUCCUCCCUUUUUUUCUUAAUUUCCUUCGAAAUGCUUCCUGCUAAUACUUUAUUCAAGUUUCAAGUUGGGAUGAGCUAACUUUCCGUCCUCUGUCUAUUAUAUGGCACAUGACAUCAUGCUAAG